CGGUGACCCGGUGGACACAUCACCAGCAUAGCGGCACACAGUUUGACACUAAUACCUGUAGCCGUGCCAGCAACACCACAAGCAGAAGAUGUAUCUUCAGUACAUUCUGCUUGUCCUUGUGGCACUGCUAGCUCCCUGGGUACCCCGUGGCACAGCGGCAGUUCUGAGUAAGGCUGCAGUGAAUGUCAAGGUUCUUACGAGUCCUACCAAGCUGGGAAUUAACAGCUCACUCCUAGUAGGCAGUAAUUUGCCUCCAGGGUUCUGCAAGAAAUGUGCUACCAAGCCAGGGCAGGAGACACUAGUGUUCCCAGGAACACCUGUGUGUAUCUCGUCAGGCACACGUCCCACUCGCUCGCUCAUAGACUGGACACUCAAGACUUCAGACCCAACCUCUGUGUUGAACAUCACUUGUGACUUGACGAACUUCCCACUCAACCCUCAACCCACUGAUGAUCGACUCUUUCUUUCAACCGUUCAAAGACUGAGAACUUUCAGCCCCCGAGGACCUAGACACCUCAUUACAAAGUCUAAUUUCGCUUCUCUCAUCUACUACAAGCAAAAUCAACUCAAUAAAUCUCAAAUCUGCUGUUCCGUGUCUGUUUUGGCUGGGAAGAAUGUCACCACUUUGUCCACUGCCACAACAACCUCACCAGCCAACACAUCUGUUACACCAAGCACUAAUUCAACAUCACCACUACCAGGUUCACCCCCACCUCUACCAGGAUCACCGCCACCUCUACCAGGAUCACCACUAACUCUACCAGGAUCACCACCACCUCUUCCAGGACCACCGCCACCUCUUCCAGGAUCACCACCACCUCUUCCAGGAUCACCACCAACUCUACCAGGAUCACCACCACCUCUUCCAGGAUCACCGCCACCUCUUCCAGGAUCACCACCACCUCUUCCAGGAUCACCACCAACUCUACCAGGAUCACCACCAACUCUACCAGGAUCACCACCAACUCUACCAGGAUCACCUCCGCCACUAGGAUAAUCACCACCAUCACCAGGGUCCCCGCCACCACCUGGACCACCACCGUCACCUGAACCACCACCACCUGGACCACCACCGUCACCUGGACCACCACCACCUGGACCACCAUUACCACGAACAGUUUUACCCCCACCAUUCAGGCUACUAUCAUCACCAACAACAGAAACACCAACACCAACGGAACAUCAACAGGAGCACCAACACCAACAGGAACACCAACAUCAACAGGAACACCAACACCAACAGGAACACCAACAUCAACAGGAACACCAACACCAACAGGAACAUCAACAGCAACAGAGGUACUGCCUACAACAGACUAAUAACACAAUAUAAGAGAUUCCCAAUAGCACCACCACUAGGAAAAUUAUCACCAACAUUACCACCACCACCAUCACGAACACUACUACCACCGCCACCACCACUACUACCACCAACACUACCGCCUCUACCACCACCACCACCACUACUACCACCACCACCACUACCACCAACACUACCGCCUCUACCACCACCACCACCACUACUACCACCACCACCACUACCACCAACACUACCGCCUCUACCACCACCACCACUACCACCAACACUACCGCCUCUACCACCACCACCACUACCACCAACACUACCGCCUCUACCACCACCACCACUACCACCAACACUACCGCCUCUACCACCACCACCACUACCACCAACACUACCGCCUCUACCACCACCGCCACAAACAACUGAAUCACCUCUACUAUUCGCACUACGAAUCCAAUUAUUACUGCUACUACCGUCGUUAUUACUACAUUUACAACUAUUCAUGCUGCUAUAACUGCUCUUCAUACAAUUUAUGGUACUGUUCCUAUUUUAUUCCUUUUUCAUCUAUGUCUGCUACUAACGCUCUCACAACUAUUUUCAUCUAUAGUACCCGGGGGAUUUAUUGAAAAAGUUUUUAAGAUGUUUUUAAAUGUAGUUACCAAAAUUUAGCAUAUUAAUGUAAACGUUUUUAUCCCUGUUGUCAAGAACUGCGACUGUCGUAGUUAUCCAGCCGUAUAUAAUAUUCAAUCAGUCGUAUAUUACAACAGUCAUAUAUAUUAUUUUUAAUAUUAAUGACAAUGAUAAGGUCUCUUGAGAACUUUGUUAUUUUUAGAGAAAAUUGGAAAAUUAUAUUGAUUCAUUUUAAGUCCAUUACAUAUCAAAUAUUGAUAAAUGAAAUGUUUGUAACGAAAAAAUACAUAGAUAAAGUAUAAUGAAUUUUAAAUGUUUCCUCUCAUGUUUCACGGAAAUUCGAAAAUGUUUACAACCAGAUAUUAUAAAUAAAACUUAUUGACUACAUAAUUUAUCCUA